CGGGAACAGUGGAGUACAUGCCCCGCAGGCCGACAGCUGAGGCUGGCAGCCGCUGGGAGGCAGCGGCAGAGGAGGAGGGGAAGGGCAGGCCGAGGCAGGUCGGGAGUCCCACUCUGAGGCUGGAGAGCCCCGACUUCACUGGGGUCGCCGCGCGGCCGCGGGCGGGAAAUAUGGCAUCGCUGGUGGACCGAGUGCGCGACAACGGGCGCAUCACCGCGGGGCUCUUGCUCAACCUUUUAGUGUCUAUCUGCAUCGUGUUUCUCAACAAAUGGAUCUAUGUGCACCACGGCUUCCCCAACAUGAGCCUGACCCUGGUGCACUUCGUGGUUACCUGGCUGGGCUUGUACAUCUGCCAGAAGCUGAACAUCUUUUCCCCCAAAAGUCUGCCGCCCUCCAAGCUCCUUCUCCUCGCCCUCAGCUUCUGUGGCUUCGUGGUCUUCACCAAUCUCUCUUUGCAAAACAACACCAUAGGCACCUAUCAGUUGGCCAAGGCCAUGACCACACCGGUGAUCAUCGCCAUCCAAACCGUCUACUAUAAGAAAACCUUCUCCACCAGAGUACAGCUCACGCUGAUUCCUAUAACUUUAGGUGUAAUCCUAAAUUCUUAUUACGAUGUGAAGUUUAAUUUCCUUGGAAUGGUGUUUGCUGCUCUUGGUGUUUUAGUUACAUCCCUUUAUCAAGUGUGGGUAGGAGCCAAACAGCAUGAAUUGCAAGUCAACUCCAUGCAGCUGCUGUACUACCAGGCGCCCAUGUCGUCCGCCAUGUUGGUGGUGGCUGUACCCUUCUUUGAGCCAAUGUUUGGAGAAGGAGGAAUAUUUGGUCCCUGGUCAGUUUCUGCUUUGGUUAUGGUACUGCUGUCUGGAGUGAUAGCUUUCAUGGUGAACUUAUCAAUUUACUGGAUCAUUGGGAACACUUCACCAGUCACCUAUAACAUGUUUGGACACUUCAAAUUCUGCAUUACCUUAUUUGGAGGAUAUGUUUUAUUUAAGGAUCCGCUGUCAAUCAACCAGGGUCUUGGCAUCUUAUGUACAUUAUUUGGCAUCCUCACCUAUACUCACUUUAAACUCAGUGAACAAGAAGGAAAUAAGAGCAAAUUGGUACAGCGUCCUUAACUGGGUGUUUG